AACAGUUUUUUUUUAAAGAAUCAAAAAGACUAGAAAGAAAAGAAAAAAUAGAUUACAAAAAGUCAAACGAUCCCGCUUCAAAGCCUCCUCUUUUAUAGGAAACUCUUCUUCUCCCUCAUCAUCAACCACCAAAUCCACACAAAUCUCUGUUCUUCGUUUCCGAAGAACAAAGUUUUCUUGACUCGCAAGAAACCCUAAUAGUAAUAAUACUCAAAAAAACUUUUCUUUUUUAUUUUGUAAUUAAAAGUUUAGAUUUUUCACAAUGGGGAAGGAGAAGAAAACAGAGUCAUACGACAAUGGAAGCUACAACUACAAAAUGUUCAAAUGCUUCAACCGCAAAUUCAAGAUCAACGAAGUCCAACCUACAGACGACGUCCGCGACGCCUUCUGCCAGUUCUCCGUCGGCGGAAGCGGCAGAGGAGCCGGAGGCGACGGUGAUUCCAGCGACGACGGCGUUAUGGGGGCAGAGCAGCUCUGUUCUUUCCUCGACGACAACCAAGUCAACUCAGCAACCACCGUCGCCGAGGCUCAACGUUUAAUCGACGAGGUCAUACGACGGCGACACCACGUCACGCGGUUCACACGUCACGGCCUCGACCUAGACGAUUUCUUCAACUUCCUUUUCUACGACGAUCUCAAUCCUCCCAUCACUCCUAACGUGCAUCAAGACAUGUCAGCUCCAUUGUCGCAUUACUUUAUAUACACGGGACACAACUCGUAUCUCACGGGGAACCAACUAAGCAGCGAUUGUAGCGAAGUCCCUGUGAUCAAAGCUUUGCAAAGAGGAGUUCGAGUCAUCGAGCUUGAUCUUUGGCCUAACUCUACUGGAACAGAUAUCAAUGUUCUUCACGGAAGAACGCUCACGACGCCUGUACCGCUGAUCACAUGCUUGAAAUCGAUAAGAGAUCAUGCGUUUUAUAGCUCGCCUUAUCCGGUUAUCAUCACCUUAGAGGAUCAUCUUACUGCUGAUCUUCAAGCCAAAGUGGCUGAGAUGGCUACGCAGAUAUUUGGACAAAUGUUGUAUUACCCUGAAUCAGAAAGCUUAGAAGAGUUUCCUUCUCCUGCUUCACUGCUUCAUCGGAUAAUCAUCUCAACUAAACCACCUAAAGAGUAUCUUGAGUCAAGAAACCCUAUUGGUAAACAAAAGGAGAAUGGUAAUGUAUCUCCAUCUUCAGAGGAGGAAACGCCUGGAACUGAGGAGAUUCAGACACUAGAAAGUAUAUUGUUUUACCAAGAUUGUGACAACAAGAGUGAUAGUGAUCAAGAGGAAGAAGAAGCGAGUGAAGAUCAGAAACCAGCAUAUAAAAGGUUGAUCACUAUUCAUGCUGGGAAACCAAAGGGAACGGUGAAGGAAGAGAUGAAAGUUGUGGUUGACAAAGUGAGACGUUUGAGUUUAAGUGAGCAAGAACUUGACAGGACUUGUUCAUCCAACAGUCAAGAUGUUGUAAGGUUUACACAGAAGAAUUUGCUUAGGAUAUACCCUAAAGGGACAAGGUUUAACUCCUCAAACUACAAACCACUUAUUGGUUGGACUCAUGGAGCACAAAUGAUUGCAUUCAAUAUGCAGGGAUAUGGGAGAUCUCUGUGGUUGAUGCACGGUAUGUUUAGAGCCAAUGGAGGUUGUGGAUAUGUCAAGAAACCUAACUUCUUGAUGAAGAAAGGGUUUCAUGACGAAGUCUUUGACCCUAAGAAGAAACUUCAUGUAAAAGAAACGUUAAAGGUGAAAGUGUAUAUGGGAGACGGAUGGCGUCUAGACUUCAGUCACACUCAUUUUGAUACAUAUUCUCCUCCUGAUUUCUACACUAAGGUGUUCAUAGUGGGUGUACCAGCAGAUAACGCAAAGAGGAAGACAAGAGUAAUAGAAGACAAUUGGUAUCCAAUUUGGGAUGAGGAGUUCAGUUUCCCAUUAACAGUUCCAGAGCUUGCAUUGCUUAGGAUCGAAGUCAGAGAGUAUGAUAUGUCUGAUAAGGAUGAUUUUGGUGGACAAACAUGCUUACCUGUAUCAGAAUUAAGACCCGGGAUUCGAUCUGUGCCUUUGUAUGAUAAGAAGGGUGAGAAAAUGAAGUCAGUACGGCUUCUAAUGCGUUUCAUCUUCGAAUGAUUUGGAUUAAUAGAGAUGGAUGUGUUUUGAGAGAAGCUGAACACCAGUGUAAUAGAAAGCUGUUGAGGUAUUGUAUAAUGUAGCUUGAAGAUCAAAUGGAUCUUUGCUCUGAUAUCUCCAAUAGUGUUUCAAACAUAUCGUAUUGAAGAACAUUUAAUUAUAUAGUCUACAAUUAUUUACAAUAUGUAAAAUAUAAUGUAAGAAGAUCCAUACUUGGAUUGAAUUCAUUCAUAACUGAGAUGUAUAGAAUUUUACAACAGUGUGAUGGAUAUUCAGCUUAUAUUCUAUUCGUCAUCUUCUUUGUUAAGUUAUUUGUUUUUCUACAAAAUCUCCAAAUUCAUCUUUAUAUAACAUUACGUAUCUGUAUCUCUCAACUUCAAGCAGUUCUUUAUACCAAAAACUUCAAUAAAAUAUAAUUCAAGGGGAUACUUUUGCUGGUCUAACCAGCUUGGUUGUUAAUAUUAUAUAUACUGUUAUUAAUAAUAAUGAUAGACAAGAUAAAACAUUAUUUGAAAUUUAGGGAUUAGGGAAUAUAAGAAACCUUUUGUACUUUAAGAAACAGUUUCUUAGUUAAAAAUUAAGAAACAGUUUCUUAUAUUCCCAUAAGAACCCCGCCCUAAAAAACUCUGAAUAAUGAUGCUCUUAGAUCAUGAUGAACCUCAAUCUUUUAAUUAGGAUUCUUAGAUUCGAUAAAAAAAAGUUUUUAACUUUUCUUAGAUUUUAACUAAGAAAAACUAAAAACGUCUUUUAAAUAAGAGAUAUAAGAGUUAUCUAUAAGAGUUAUCUCUUAGCCAAAAAAUGUAAAAAAACAAAAAUCAAAUCAUUAGUUAAGAAUUCUGGCUAAGAAACCGGAGUUAAUCAUGCUCUAAAUGCCAAACGAGUGUUAUAACUUAAAUGUUUGGCACAAUUUACCAAAUAUGAACAGACACAUAAGAAAAAGGAGAGAACAUAAGUGUACUAUACUAUAAAUGGGAAAAGUGAAAAAAUACUAGGUCGACGUGGUGGAGCAUGAGAGAGAUGAUAUGUAAUUUGUUCUUUAGGGCCCGUGAUUCUAGGGUCCCCGUGAUUGUAUAUCAACAGUCUUGAUUCUGCGUAGUGCGUUUGGCCUUUGUUAUUGGUGUCUUGACUCUUGUCUCUGUCUCUCUCCAUCUGUCUCCCUCUCAGAUUAAGAACAACGUGUGAUUACCCACCCUCUCCCACCCAAAUAAGUAGUGGUCCGCUGUCCGCAUGGUUACAGUCAAGUAGUAGGCGAGAUCUACAAAUGUUCUAAAACACUUCUUCCAAGAUUUGAAUUUUUCAUCGAAACAAAAAUUACAGUUAUGUGGAACUUAGAUUUCGGCCUAAACAAUUUAUCUGGUAAUUUGCUAAUAGAUAAUCAAACAUUAGAUGAUUUAGCUAUCCUAAACAGUAGUCAGAAAGCAUUCUAAAUUUGGAUAAGACAAUGUAAUUACUUUCCAGAGAAAAGUUCAAUAUGUAAUAUUAAGUGUUUUUCUACCAGAAUUGACCAAAUCAGCCUAUCAGAAAAAAAGAGAAUAGUAGUCCACUCUAAUCUUUACUACAGCUGUAAUUAACCGUUAUGUAUUGGAAUAUCUCAAUAUCCUUAUGCUUCUUUCAACAACAAAAAUACAAUUUGAUAGUUUUCUUACUGUGGUUUCAGAAUAGUAUGGGUUAAAUAAUUAUACGGGAUUUUUACACAAUUUUAAAAUACUACUAUAGAGUCUGGAGUCGACAUUCUUUGGUUAUAUAUGUUGGCCAUCCGUAUACAAAACUUAGAGAAAAAUUGUUCGCGUCUCUUUCUUGUAUGUACAUCUUUUAAAUAUUUGAGAUGAAUGAUAAACCUAUUGUUUUAUUGUUUAGCUUCAACUUUUUUGUUUGCUUAUUAUUAUUGUGAACAAAUAACGUUGAAGUCCCGUGGCCGUCGGUAUACUUAAACAAGAGACAAACAUAUCUUGCUCCUUUCAGUUAAAAAAAAAACAUAUCUUGCUCCUUCAUGUUUGAUUCGUGAUUUUUUUUCCAUCUCUUUUUAGAGAGCUUAGUUUGUAAAUUAGAUACUAAAGACAUGCAAUGCUAUUAGUUUCUUCAGAUUCUAUAAUUGCAACAAAAUUGCAACGUUACAUAUAAUGGAAACUUCAUCAUUUCUAUAAUAUAAUAUUAUCUCGCAUUGUCCCCCACCCUCCCUAAUGGAUUGAAUGACCCUUCAAAUCUCAACUUUUCAAAAUGUCACUCUUUGCUCUCUUUUGUUUUGUUCAUCAUUUUGAUCUUUUUAAUUUGUCUUUUUAUAGGUGUUAUAAUUAUGUUGUCGACUGAUACAAUAAUAUCUUAUGAUAACAUACGCGCAUGUGCGGAGUGAGUUUUUAUACUAAUAUUUGUUUAUUAAAUAGUUAUAACAUUUUGCAACACUAUGAUAUUUAUCGAUGGUAAAAUGACGAAUAUAAAAAUUACAUUAGCUCAUCCGAAAAUUAAGAAAACAAAAAGAAAACAAAGACACUUACCACUAGUUAACUACAAAUUGGACAAUAACUCAAAGUCCUUGUAUAUUCAGUUAGACCGGACGAGAUCCAUAUUGAUAGCCAACUAUGAUGGUAAUCAUAGAAUAAAUUAACAUAGUUUUAUCAUGCUUGUUUACUCUUUUUUUUUUUCAAAUAGAUAUUGAUGCAGUUUACAUGAUUAUAUAUAUUAAAGAUUUGAUGUGAUGCGCAUUACA